AUACCUUCACUGCACAAUGGAGUCUGCAGCCUCCCUUGCUGAGCUUCAGGCAGAGGCCAGUUGCCCCAUCUGCCUGGAUUACCUGAGAGACCCAGUGACCAUUGAAUGUGGGCACACCUUCUGUCACUCCUGCAUCUACCAGCGCUGGGAAGAUCUACUGGGCACCUUUCCCUGUCCUGUCUGCCUCCAUCAUUGCCCUAACAGGAAGUUGAAGAGGAACACCCAAUUAUGUCACAUAAUUGAAAUUGUUAAGCAGAUCCCCACCUCAGGGAGCGAGAGAAAAUUACAGGAAGAAAAACCCCUGUGUGGGAAGCACAAUGAAGUUGUAACACUUUUUUGUGACAAGACCCAAGAGAUGUUGUGUCCUCAUUGCAGGGCCCAGCAGAUGCUGUGUCCUGAUUGCAAGGUCCCCUUAGAGCACCAGGAUCAGUCCCUGAUACCCAUUGAGGAAGCUGGUGCUAAUUACAGGAGGAAGCUCAAACGAUAUAUUGGGGAACUGAUGGUGGAGAUUGAAGAAGUUGAAACGGAAUAUGAAAAACAAAUUGCAAAAGAAUUUGAAGUGCAGAGAAAGGUGAGAAGUUGGAGGAAAGAAUUGCAGUAUGAAUGUAAAGAACUGAAGUGUACCUUACAAAUAGAGCAUGAUUUAUUUAAUGCUGGUUUACUUAUAGAAGAGAAAGAUGUUGAAGAAAAACUAACUGAAAACAGAAGACAAAUUUCAAACCAUAUGUUCAUGCUAAACAAUCUUUUAAGUGAAAUAGCAGAGAAGUAUUUGCAGGCAGAUGUGGAUUUACUCACAGGUAUUGAAGAUAUCCACAAAAGGUAUGAAAAGCUAGAGACCCCAGCAGUCUUUUCAUAUAAAAUAAAGAAGGAGAGUUGCAAUCUUCCCCCACAUUAUGUGGGCCUGUAUAAAAUAAUCAGCACAUUUCAGGUAGAUUUGACACUGGAUCCUGAAACUGCCCAUCCAAGUCUCAUUGUUUCAAAAGAUAGAAAAAGUGUUACAUAUAAGACACCAGAUGGUUUUCUUAAUCCCCAGGCACACAAUUCUUACCCAGCUGUCCUGAGUUCUGAGGGAUUUGAUGGUGGCAGGCAUUUUUGGCAGGUGGAAGUAAGAGGCACAGGUGACUGGUCCUUAGGUGUGUGUAAAGAAUCUUGCCUCAUAAAUAGUCUAAUAUCACCAUACCCAAGCAAUAGCUGCAGGCACGUUGAUCUUUGUGCUAGUAUAUGUGGAACAUGCCUUAGAGGACACAUCAUGAGGGUUGGUAUUUUUCUGGACUAUGAGUUGGGAGAUGUUUCAUUUUAUAAUUUGAAUAAUGGAUCAUACUUGUAUGGAAUCACUGGUAAGUUUAGGGAAAAACUUAUGCCUUAUUUCUCUACUUCACCUUUGUCAAAAUCUCUUUCAUUUAUUAUCAGAGAUGAAUACCUCAGCUUCUCACUUUUCCUCACUCCUGCAGGAUCACACGGACUGAUGAGAGCCCUUUCUAAUAGACACCCUCACUGCACAAUGGCCUUUGACGCUUCCCUGGCCAAGCUCCAAGCAGAGGCCAGCUGCCCCCUCUGCCUGGAUCACCUGAGAGACCCAGUGACAAUUGACUGUGGGCACAACUUCUGUCCCUCCUGCAUCCACCAGCGCUGGGAAGGUCUACAGGGCACCUUUCCUUGUCCUGUCUGCCUCCACCACUGCCCUGACAGGAGCUUGAAGAGGAACCCCCAAUUAUGUCACAUGACUGAGAUUGUUCAGCAGAUCCCCACCAUGAGGAGAAAGAGGAAAAGUCAAGAAAAACUCCUGUGUAAGAAGCACCGUAGGGUUCUGGUUCUGUUCUGUGAGAAGGACCUGCAGCUGCUGUGUGCCCAGUGCAGGGUUGUGUCCCACCACGAGAAUCACCCCCUGGUCCCCAUUGAGGAAGCUGCUGCUAAUCACAGGAGGAUGCUCAGAAAGCACAUUGGGGCCCUCACUAAUCACCUUGAAGUUGCUGAAACUGUAUACAAAAGACAAGUUGCUAAUACUUCGGAAGUGAAGAGAAAGAUGGAAAAAUGGAGGGAGGAAUUGGACUUUGAAUGUAAAGAACUUAAGUGUUUCUUGGAAACAGAGCGAGAUGAAAUUGAAAAUGAUCUACUUAUAGAAGAGAAUGAUGUUGAAGAAAAACUAAUUGAAAAUGGAUGGCAAAUUUCGUACCAUAUUUUCAGGCGAAGCAAUCUGUUAAGUGAAAUAGAAGACAAGUGUUUGCCUACAGACCUGGACUUACUCACGGAUAUUGCAAGUAUCCAGAAUAGGUAUGGAAACCUAGAGACCCCAGCAGUCUUGUCAUGUAAAUUACAGAAGGAGUUUUUCACUCUCCCCCCACAUUAUUUGGGCCUGCACAAAAUGAUCCGCAUGUUUCAGGUAGAGUUGACACUGGAUCCUAAAACUGUCCAUCCUGACCUCAAUAUGUCAAGUGAUAGAAGAAGUGUGACAUAUACAACACCAGAUGGUUUUCCUAAGCCCCAAGAUCUUACUUCUUACCCAGCUGUCCUGAGUUCUGAGGGAAUUGAUGCUGGCAGGCAUUUUUGGGCGGUAAAAAUAACAGGCCUAGGUGAAUAUUUCUUAGGUGUGUGUAAAGAAUCUUUCCUCAGAAAUAAUCAAAUAUCACCAUCGGCAAACAAUGGAUACUGGGAAUAUCAGCUCUUGACCCGGACAUGUGGCACUGUCCCUGUAGGGGAACGGAUGAUUGGCAUUUUUCUGGACUAUGAUUUGGGGGAGGUUUCAUUUUAUAAUUUGAAUAACAGGUCAUACGUGUAUGGAAUUGCUGAUACAUUUACAGAAAAACUUAUGCCUUAUUUCUCCAUUGCAUCUUCUUCAGAAUCUCUUACAAUCAGCAUCAUCAGAGUAUAGUAAUGGCAAUUUGGAUGAAAUUUUGUAGGUGCUUAUUUCCUCCCAUGUUAUUGAAAGGAAAAAACAUAAUAAAGAUCCUGAUUCCA